AUAAAAUUGAAAUUAUUAUAUUUUUUAAAUGUCAAAUAAAUCAAAGGAAAUCUUGUUAGAUAACAACAAUAUGCUUUAAAAUUAGAAUUAAUUAAUAGAAGACAUUUGCAAUGUUUUAGAGUAAACAAAUCAAAAUGCUGCGAAUGUUCAGAAGGCACUUUUGGAAUAAUAAGAAAAAAUAGUGGUUAUUAGACAUGAAGUAUCAAUUAACUUUAAAAUUAGUGCAUUUCAAUAAGGACGAAGACAAGAAGAGUUGAUAAGCAAACAAACUAAAUUAUCAGGAGGGAAUUCUGCAUGAAACUAAUUCUCUAUCUAAUUGUAUUUCUACUAUUGGCAGCUAAUAUUGUUGUGCUGGCUAUCAAAAUAUCUAGAAAAUGAAAAUUACAUAAAAUUAAACAUAUAGAUA